UUAACCUUUAAUUUGAAAAAAAAAAUAACUGACAUUUUACACAUGUAAAUAAAUAUAUCUCUAAUUUUAAAAUUAAUAAUUUAAAAAAAAAUAUCGAAGUUAAUUAUUUCAAAUAAAUAUAUAACAUAUCAAUGCGUUAUAUAAAACAAGAUGAGACAGUCAUGUCUGAUAAUGACAAUAUCGAUGUAAAUGAAGUUUUUGAAAAUUUACUAUUGGCUGAAGAUAUUGCCGAGAAAUCUGGUUUUGAAAAAGGCGUUGAAGCUGGUAAAAGUCAACUAUUGAAAGGAUAUCAUCUUGGUUAUCACAGAGCAAGUGUUUUAGCAGCACAACUAGGAUACUACAGUGGAGUAGUAGAGUACUGUUUGAAUGAAAAAAAUUUAUCUUCUAAAGCCAUCGAGCAGGCUAAGAAAUUGAAAGAUGAAAUUAGACAGUUUCCAAAAACUAAUGAUGAAACUUUUGAUAUUAUAAAGAGUUCAGAGGAUAUUAAAUUUAAGUUUACUAAGCUCUGUUCAUUAGCAAAAAUAAACCCAGCUUAUCCAGAAGCUGAAAAACUUGAUUUUUAAUUGACGAAAAAAUUUUUUGAUGAUCCUGAAUAUUUUUUUUUUAUUUCUUUGAAAAAAAUCCAAAAAUUAUAAGACGUCGGCUUACUUCGUAUCAUUUUUU